CCUACAACACUCUCCACCUCUGCCUGUUAAUUUUGAAUUGGGUUGGCAAUGAAUAAAACAUUGUUGUAACUCAGCACAUUAGGGUUUACAGAUCUUGAAACAGUGGACAAAUAGGGAAAAGGGGGACCUAACAGGACUUGCCUGAAUGAUUCCAUAAGUAGACUUUGGGAAAAGGUGUCGAGCGUUCUGGGCUGUGAAGGGAGUUGGAUGUUCUUCGAUGAGUUUGAAGUGGAUUACUCAGAAGCAAUGGGGAUCUUCAGUGACAGAGCCAAGGAUAAGGGAUUAAGUUUAAACCCGUGGCUGUGUCGUUUACAAACUUCGAGGGCUACAGUAUCAGUUCUUCUCUUCAUGCUCUUGCUACACUUAAUGCAGGUCAAUGGCACGCUACUGGAGGAUAUGGUCAAUAAAUGGCACUUGUAUAAAGAAGAGUGUCUGCAAAACCUAAGCAUGUCUAAUGGUAAAACUGGAAUAUUUUGUAAGGAAACAUUUGAUCAGUAUGUCUGCUGGCCGGCAUCAUACCCGGGGAAUGUGUCAGAACCUUGUCCCUGGUAUCUUCCAUGGAUUACGCCAGGCACUACAAAGAGGGUCUAUAGAUACUGCCUGGACAAUGGAAGCUGGUUGACAUCUUCAAACUCUACUGUUAUCUGGAGGGAUCAUUCUGAAUGUAAUGAAGACAGCCAGAAUGACCAGCAAAAUAACAAUCGGCAUAGGCUAUUGAAAAGCUUGCAACUGAUUUAUACCGUGGGUUACUCAGUCUCCUUGUCUUCGCUUUCAUUGGCCAUAUUGAUACUGCUGUGGCUUAGGAAGCUGCACUGCACUCGAAAUUACAUCCAUAUCAAUUUAUUUGCUUCCUUUAUCCUGAGGGCCCUGGCAGUCCUUGUAAAAGAUAUUUUUCUGAAAAAUACUUACGCGAAACGUCCAGAUGAUGAAAUGGGAUGGAAGUCAUUUUUUGAUGGUCAGACCUCGAACGGAUGCAAAGUGGCCCAGGUUUUAAUGCACUACUUCAUCGGAGCAACCUUCUUCUGGCUUUUAGUUGAAGGCAUUUACCUCAACAAACUGAUAGUCCUGGCAGUCAUAUCGGAGAAAAGAUUGCUAAGGCAAUAUGUGUUGAUAGGAUGGGUGUUGCCACUAUUGUUCGUCAUCCCUUGGAUAAUAACAAAGAUUAUCUAUGAGAACGAAGGGUGCUGGGCAAGAAAUCGCAACAUGGUCAUUUGGUGGAUCAUCAGGGGACCAGUGAUAUUUGCAAUUAUAAUGAAUUUCUAUGUAUUCAUAAUGAUCUUGAAAACAUUGCUUUCCAAACUUAAAGCUCAACAGAGGCGAUUUAAUGACUACAAGUACAGGUUGACACGAUCAACUUUGGUUUUGAUACCAUUGCUUGGGAUCCACGAAUUUGCCUUCACCUUCCUGCUAGAUGAACAUGCUCAUGGUUUACUGCUGCACAUCCGACUCUUUCUUCAAUUAGCUAUCAGCUCAUUCCAGGGUUUUCUGGUUGCUUUGCUGUAUUGCUUCAUCAAUGGGGAGGUUAAAGCAGAAUUGAAAAUGCGUUGGCAAUCCUGGCUACAGGCAAAUCACUUUGAAAGUUCUGGAUGUAUGGGCAAGCACUUCAAAUACCUAGGAAAAUGCUCCAAGCCCAGGUCAAACAGUUACAUUAACAGCAGCAGCUACUGCUAUAGCGACACCAGAACUUCCAGUGUGCAGCUGAGCAUGGCCCCCAUAUCAGACCAGCAGGCACAGAAGGCCAUCCCAAUGGAACAGUUUACUCAGACCAGUAUCUGCGAGAGCAGUGAAGGAGAAUUGGGAGUUGGAGAGAGUCAAAUCUAAGAGCCAAAUUUAAAAUACAGUACUGAAGACUGAAUAGUGUAAAGGCCCUUAACGCAAGAAGUCAGUGCAAACACGGCUCUUAUUUGCUUUAUGAUGAUCUCUACGUUCUGCCGUAAAUAUUGGAUCAUGCAAGUGAUCUCACUGGUGCUUCAAAUGCACACUUGGUACUGGUAAUAUUGUCUCUGUAACCACAGAGCAGGAUUUCACCAGGUUUGAUUCUCAGUUAAUGCUAAAUCAGGUGACAUCAUCAGAAGUUCUGCAAGUGGCUUCAGUGUCCAUGAGUUCAGGAGAAGAACGAGGUUUGUGGAAAACAUGUGGACUUUUGAGAGUGCCCGCAAAGGCAGUUCCAAUUGCCUUUUGACUAACACUCGCUGUGUCACCUUACACUGCUUCAAGUUAACACAUUGCUUUGGAAGAUCUCAGAGAAAUAGUUGGGAACCCCUUUUGACUUUCCAACUGCAGGACAGUUAAUAUUUCCAACACAUACUUUGAGCACAAGACUGCUGCUGCCUUCCUUCUGCCCUGAAAUGAGAACAGUCAUGAUCCACGCUUUUAGAAGCAAGCACAGCUAGGUACUAUAAUGUGGUAAAGCAGCAAUGGAAAAUAGCUUGUACAUAUUGUGCGCUGGAGUAAACAUUCCUCUCACCUCCUACUAUACCAAGAUAUUUUACAAUGUAAAGAAAAGUUACUAAUUCCAUGUAUUUUAAUACUGUAGGUGUGAAUUUUCUUAUAAG